CUUAUCCUUGGAAUGUGAGAGGAAGAAGCGCAGGAAGUUCCGGAACCGGGGCGUGAAGGCAUCGCCCUGGAAAGCUUGGGCGCGAAAGACAGUCCUAGUUGAAGGAGUCACUGGAAGGCAUCGUCUGGGACCGAGGAAGCAGAGGGGAACUACUGUUGGGGAACUUUCUUGGGCACCCUUCCCCUUCUUGGGGUGCUAUGGAGUUCCCAGAACACAGUCAGCAGCUGCUUCAGAGCCUGCGGGAGCAACGGUCCCAGGGUUUCCUUUGUGACUGUACUGUGAUGGUUGGUAGCACCCAGUUCCUGGCCCAUCGGGCUGUGCUGGCUUCCUGCAGCCCAUUCUUUCAGCUUUUCUACAAGGAGCGAGAAUUGGACAAGAGGGAUCUGGUGUGUAUUCACAAUGAAAUUGUCACGGCCCCAGCCUUUGGGUUGCUUCUGGACUUCAUGUAUGCUGGCCAGCUGGCCCUUAGGGGAGAUACCCCUCUAGAAGAUGUGCUGGCUGCAGCUAGCUACCUGCACAUGAAUGACAUCGUUAAGGUGUGUAAACAGCGCUUGCAAGCCCGGGCUCUGGCGGAGGCAGACAGUACCAAGAAGGAAGAGGAAAGCAAUCCUGCUAGUAUGGAGUUUUUGUCAGGCAGUUCUCGUGGCCCCCAGCCUUUACUGGCAUCUGUUGAGCCGUCAGCCCGCUGGAGCAAAGAGGAAUGGAAGGGUCCAGCCACUCCCUUACCUAUUGCUCAUUCUGCAGAUGAGCCGCCAGUGUCCGGUGGCGCUGACACUACACAACCAAGCAUGGAAGUCGACCCACCACAUCUGCGGGCACCUCCCCCACAAGUGGCUGAUGUCUCUGUCUCUCUUGCCAGCCCCAGUAGCUCUACAGAGACCAUUCCUGUAAACUACUUCUCUUCUGGCCUUCCAGCAGUUUCCGUGGAGCCCUUGACUCCUCUAGAUGUGGUUCCUGAGAGUCUGAGGGUGGUGGAACCAAGGGAUACUGGAGGACCAUUGCAAGGCUUCUAUACUCCAGCUCCAGCCCCACCCCCAGCUCCAGCCCCAGUUGAAGCUGAACUGGUGCAGGUGAAAGUAGAAGCUAUUGUCAUCUCUGAUGAGGAGACUGACUUGUCCGAGGAACAGCCUCAGGGACCUGAAGGGCUGUUCACAUCUGGAGGUGCAAUGUAUGGGGGACAUGGGGGACAGUCUUCACAGCCAGACACUUUUGAGGAGCCAGGGGCAACAGGACUAGAGGAGGUGGGGCCAGGUGACCACUUCCUGCCUCCAGAACCUCAUCUUCCAUACCAUCUGCUGCCUGGUCCUGGGCAGUAUCAUCGGGGACUGGUGACCUCACCCCUGCCUGCACCACCAGCCCUGCAUGAGCCACUCUACCCUCCUUCUGAGUAUGAAGUAGCUCCAGGGAGCUUUGGGGGUUUUACAGAGGAUGUUCCCACCUGUAAGACAUGUGGAAAGACCUUCUCAUGUUCUUAUACAUUACGGAGACAUGCCACAGUGCAUACACGAGAGCGACCCUAUGAAUGCCGCUAUUGCCUACGUAGCUAUACACAGUCAGGGGAUCUCUACCGCCACAUCCGCAAGGCUCAUAAUGAGGACCUGGCCAAACGCAGCAAACCAGACCCGGAGGCCAGCUCCAAUCUUGGGGUGCAUCCCCUCUCUGGCUCCCAGACAACAGAGAGACAGAGCAGUGGUGGUGGAGUAGCACCCAAAGAUUUUGUACUUGGUCCCAAAAAUUAACAUCUGGGGAGCAUGAGCUGAUGCCAGGCCUGCGCUUACUACUGUUAGAUGGCUACAGAGGAAGUUGGAGGCAUCCCAUCAUUACUACAGGGUGGCAGAAUGAAGGUUCUUCUCAAGCUGAAGGUGUCUACCCAUCUCUUUGUCAAGCCAGAUAAGUAGGACAUGGGGCAAAGCAGGUCAGCCACAACACUCCAAGGCACUGGGAAUUUUCCUGAGGUGCGUCUCAUCCCACAUUCUGGAACAUAAAACUAGCCGUGAAAUUAUCCCUUUGAACCGGUGUUAGCUGGUUCCUUCCACAAGUCCGAUGGGUUCAUGUCUGCCCUCUAGGUCUUUUAUUUGACAACUGCAUUGGGUAAGCAUGUGACUGCUUAUGAGGCAAAAAGUGAAACGCAGAGGGCAGCAUAGACUUAACAGGGAAGGUACAAAUAGGGAAUCUCACACAUGCUUUACUACAGUUGAACUUGUGUUCUGGGCUCUAUUGGGUACUUCAUACACUCAUUUUUAAUCCCUGACAACUCUUUAGGCUCUUCUGCUUCAGAUGCAAAGAAACUUGAGACUCAGGACUCAUUUAUUCAGGGUCAUUGAGCUGGUUAAGGAGAAAGCUAGAAUUUGAACUUGGCUUGUGACUCCAGAUAAAAUUCAUGAUAAAACCAUACAUUUUCAAAAUAAUGUUCAAGGCAAAUAGUUAGCCAACAACUAGAAGGUUUUUCUUUCUUUUUUUAUUUUUAUUUUUUUUUAUUUUUACUUAAAA